UUAGAAAAAACGAUUGUAGUGGCACUAAAUCGUCAAAUUGCGAUUAAGAAAAACGAGAAUCGUAAAAAUGACGAUACUCGUAUUUUUAUUUACGAGUGCCUUCAGCUUUUGUUUUGGGGGUAGAUGUCAAAUGUCAUUUAUUUUUUUUUUGUUUGGUUGGUUUUUGUUUUGUUAAGUGCGCAAAAAAAUGCCUACAACUAAUGCUAAGCAGUUGGAUUUGCUGGUAGCUUUUAUAUAAACCAAUCCAAACAUAGCAAAAAAUUACUUGCCGACGAGCCAAGCCAAAGCCAAAUCCAAAAUUCUUUGAAAGGCUUUGACUGAUAAGCUAAAUGCAUGCGGUCCUCCAGAGGAACCAAUGGAUGGUUGGAAAAGUGUAUGGAAAGAUUUUAGGUACAAUCUUAAGCGCAAAAUGCAAGGAAAUUUGCUCCAUCGAAGUUGCACAGGGGGUGGCCCGAAUAAGCAAAAAAAAAAUUUCAGAAAAUGAAAAAAUAGUAAUUGCGAUUCUAGACCUAAAUGAGGCCGUGUCAGGUAAUUUAUCAGGGAAACAAUUCGGUGAUACGAGUGAUGCGAAUAUUCAAGUGGCGGCCGGCAGCAGCACCAGUGUUAAUGUGACUGUGGAAGAAGCUGAUGAGCAGGAAGUACUUCUCGCUAUGUUCAACGAUGACUCUUUACCACAACCAGACAACAAUGAAAAUACUGAGCCACAACCAGAUAAUAGUGAACAUUUUGCAGAAGAUGUCAACCCACCACCUUCCCGUAAUAAAAAAGCACCAAUGUUAAUAGGAGUGAAGUUAGUUGUUCCUUUAAAAAAUUAUCAUUUUUCGUUUUUGCCUGGCAACUUUUUUUGCUUUCUAUUUUCGUAUCUUAUAAUCGCUCUUCACCAUGACUUUCGUUUCUUCGAGUUUCGUUUUUUCUGCCGUUCGUUUCGUAAUUCAUAAUAAGGGCCCUGUAUCCUUCAAGAGGACAACGAUCAAAACGACAAACAUCGGAGUCGAGCGUGCAGCGAGUGGAAGGCGCAACACGGAGUUCCUACUUUAGAUUAGUCAUCUCAGUCACCAGAUGCAAAUCCCAUAGAAAAUGUGUGGGUUCCGAUGAAAAUGCAGCUUCGCAGACGCAAGCCAUGUAAUUUAGAUCAGCUUUCUC